UUUUCCGGAUCGGAACAAGCAGUUAGAAUCGCCCAAAGGUUCCGUCAAUAUGAAAGACAAAAAGAAAAGAGUUGUCAUAAAAGGUUAGAAGAACUUUAGGUCAACAUAUGAAGUUAUAAUUACAUUUGAUGAAUAGAUGACAGAGGAAACUUUCACUUGUUAGCUGUAGAUGAUACUUGUCUGUAUUUAAAGAAUACCAGGUAUCAAGGAAAAUAUUUCUAUAUUAAAAAAAAAACCCAGAAAGAACCACAGCUGCAUAGUGUACAUAAAAGGUUUUAUGAUGAAGAAGAUAGAAGAAAAUUCCUCCAGUUAAAGACAUUUUUUAUAUGGCAUAAGGAACAACAAUUAGUAUCAUUGAUAGAGAUCAAAAUUCAGGACAAGUUUAGCCAAAUACCCUGGUCACAUGAUCACUAUGAAUAACCUAGGAAUCAAAAAGUUUUCUUGUGACAAAUGUGGUAAAUUAUUUCACCAGGAAUGCACACUUACAAUACAUCGAAGAUCACACAAUGCAGGAAAAAAGUUUGUGUGCCAUGUGUGUGGGAAAUCCUUCACUUUAAAGUCAGUAAUGUUAAAACAUGCCAUGUCUCAUAUGAUGGAAAAUAUCGGUAUAAUGUAUAAAGGAAAGAAUUCUUAUAAGAAUCGUCAAAAUGCCAUGUCUGACUCAGGAAAAAAGAAAUUUUAUCAGUGUACCAACUGUCCAAAAAAAUUUAGAAACCAGGAAAGUCUUGAGAGUCAUGAAGAUAAGAAACAGUGGAAUUUAUCUACACCUGAUAACAAACUUAACAAUUCUACAGAUUUUCAAAAUAAUAAGGAUGACAGUUCAGAUGAUAGUUCACAAGAUCUAUAUAUAGAAAAAGAAUCUUACACAUAUAUAAUAAGUGACAAUUCACUUGAUAGCCAUUCAGAUGAAAUAGAACCAACAACUUUUAUUAUUAGUGACAAUUCACUUGAUAGCCAUUCAGAAGAAAAGAAACCAACAUCUUUUCUUAUUCAGACAUCUGAUGAAAGCUCUAGCUCAAAUUCAGAUGAACCCAUCUUAACGAACUUGGAUUUUAACUGUGUUUUAUGUGGAAAAUCAUUCAAAACUGUUCCUUCUUUUAUUCACCAUGUUAACACCCAUCAGCCUUCAUACAAUGAUAAAGACAGUACAAUAGAACAGAAAGCAAAAGACAGUUCUCAAGAAGAUCCUUCUUCACCAGAUAAUAAGAUUAAGACAUCUGUAGACUCAUCACAAAUACAGGGAACCAGGAACGAAAUUUCCAACAGGGAUGCAGUAGAAACCAGCAAGAAAAUUGCUAAACAGAAUACAGAUGACGCCCUGUUAGAAACUGAUAGCAAAUUCAAAAAAUCAAAAGAUGUUGGUAGUAAAAAAAAUAAAACCAGCAAUAGAAUCAAGCUUCCUUCCCUUUUAAACAAUAUUGAUACAGUGGAAAAACAAUUUCACUCUGCGGGGUCAGAUAAAUUAGUUGAGGGAAUGAAACAGAGGGUGAAAAAUCAAUUAGAAGCUGCGAAGUCAGAUGAAUUAGCUGAAGAAGAUGACGGAAUGAAUAAGACACUGGCAAAUCAUUUCAUAACUGUCAAGUCAAAUGAAUAUGAGGUGAAAGAUGAAGGGAUGAAAAAGACACUUGUAAAUCAUUUCAAAUUUGUUGAGGUGGAAGAAUUAGCUGAGGGAAGGAAUCGAACAGCAGAAAAUCAAUUUGAAGCUGCCACGUCAGAUGAAUUACCUGUUAAGGAUGAUGGGACAAAAGUCCGGGAAAAGGUUAAAACCAUAUUUAUUUGCAGAUGUUGUAAUAAGAAGUUUGCUAGCAGACAUUUUGUCAAGGAACAUUUGAACAUGUAUUUUGAAAUGACAGCUAACAGUGUUGAUAUAGAACAUAAACAAUUCAUCGAUCAAUUAAAUAAAGAUACUGAGUUUGACAGGGUCGUUGAUAAAUUUAUUUACUCUAUUUCUACAGGGAAGUUAAAAAGUAUUACUCAGGACUUGAAGAAAUCUGAAGAAAAGCAAAUUAUUUAUCAAUGUGCAAAAUGUCACAAAAGUUUUCAAAAACAACAUCAAAUCAUUGAUCAUAUAAAGGAUUGUGAACCAAAACCCCAAAAUACUGACAAUUUCAAAUGUCAAGACUGUAUUAGAAGUUUUAUGACGGCCAUGAUGCUGAAGAAACAUAUACUGUUGUGUCACAAUCGUUCUCGAGAAUCAAGGAAACAGGAAACAGAAAAGAAAUCUGUGAAAGACCCAAUUUACACAGAAAAAACAAAAGAACCAGAAGAAACAAGUAUUACUCAAGACUGGAAGAAAUCUGAUGAAAACUUAAUUAUUUAUCAUUGUACAAAAUGUCAGAAAAAAUUUCGAGAAAAACAACAUAUCAUUACUCAUUUAAAGGAUUGUAAGGGAAAUUUCAAAUGUCAAGACUGUAUUGGAAGUUUUAUGACGGCCAUGAUGCUGAAGAAACAUAUCCUGUUGUGUCACAAUCGUUCACAAGAAUCAAUGAAACGGGAAACAGAAAAGAAAUCUGUGGAAAACCCCAUUACAGAAAAACUAAAAGAACCAGCAGAAGAUGAGGUCAGAAUCGGGAAUGACACACAAAAAGAAGAAAAGAAACUGAUUGAGAACAUAAUACCAAAGGUUAAGAAAUUAACAGAGGUCACAACUGGAAAGGAAACUCCGAAAUAUGAAAAAAAUUCAAAGGGAAACAUAAUCAGAAAGAAAACGGUGAAUCGAAAAAAGAAAUCUGAGAAGAAGAACACCAACAAUCCAGGAAAUAAAAUUGAAAUGACUUGCGAAAGAUGUAAAAAAAUUUGUGAUUCUAUGACAGAAUAUAUGGAUCACAUAGAAACAAGUCAUAAUUCUAAGCCUAACAAAGUUAGUUCUGAUGCUGAAUUUAUUUGUGCACAUUGCAAAAUGAGUUUUGAUUCUCAGGCAAAGCUGUUUUCACAUCUUAAAGGUCACAAAGAGUCGAAUAGACAGCAGAGUACCUUUGAAAAAUACAAAGAUAAAAUGACACACAAUAGCGACACUGGACAAUGGAUAUGUGGAAUUUGUCAAAAGUCUUUAUCAAACAAAACAAAUUUAUUAAGACACAUUUCAUUACAUGAUAAAGAUCUUAACGAAUCACAUAUAUGUCCUUUCUGUAAUCGUACAUUUAACCACCAUCGAUAUCUAAUGCAUCACAUUAACUAUAUGCAUAAUGGAGUUAAAAAAGAAGAAUGUCUCAUUUGCCAUGCCAAAUUUACAAAAAAGGCAAGUCUUCAACGUCAUAUGGAACUCCAUACGGGAGAAUCACUUCAGAAAAAGAUUUUGAAAUGCGAAGAAUGUGGAAAAAGAUUUAGAUGUAGUAAAGAUUUGAUGAACCACAGAAGAAUACACACGGGUGAAAGGCCUUUCCCGUGUGAUCUAUGUCCUUAUAGAGCAAUCAACUUAUGGAAUUUGAAGCGACACUUACUGACACACGAAAAUAGAAGGAAGAGAAAAAGAAGUAAAAUAGAUGCUAUUGAUGAAGACUCCCAAGAGGAAAACAAUAUAGAAAGAAAGAUUAAAAUGAGAAUUACACAUGGCAGAAGUUAUCUUAUGGAAGCAGAAAACACCAUAAGUGAAUAAGUUGAAGAAAUGGUUUGAAAGAUCAAAAUUAAACUGAUUUAUUUAAUCAUAUUUAUAGGGAGAGUUAAAAUUUUUGUGUUUUACAAAGAGAAGAUAACUUGUGUUAUCAUGGUUAUAGCAAUAAAUUAAAGGGAGAAAUCAGUGCAGUUGAUAAAUUAUAAAAAAAUAAACAAUUACCAGUUGAAUGGUCUAGUCCUCUUUUAUUUGCUACUUAUG